AUGGUGGCCCGUAGAAAAGGAGAACGUGUGGUUCGCAAAAACGAAGUGGAAAAUGUGCAGCAAAGAGCAUGUGCCAACCGGCGUGAACGUCAACGUACAAAGGAACUAAAUGACGCCUUCACACUUUUGCGUAAACUGAUCCCAUCGAUGCCAUCGGACAAGAUGAGCAAAAUCCACACACUGCGCAUUGCAACAGAUUACAUUUCUUUUCUGGAUGAGAUGCAGAAAACCGGUUGCAAGUUGUACGGUCAUUCGAUUUUUGAUGAGAAGAGGGGAUAUAAUCUGCAGACGGCUUUCAAUAUGUGGCGAGGCAACAACGGGUACACACCAAUAAGCGGACCACCUCAACUGCCUCCAAUACAGUCUGCUCAUAUUCCACCACCACCUCCGCCACCCAACAUGCCUCCACAUUGUAUCAUGCCACAACCUUGGUACCUACCGUGCCCCGGUAAACAAGAAUACCACGAUCUCACCAAUAGCUCGAUUCAAAAUAUCAACCCAAAUCCAAAUCAGCUCACUCCGAUCCAUUGGCAAUAG